AAAGUAUAGUGUACGGAUAUUAUUAAUGUUAACUAAUUAAAGAUGUCAAUAGCAGAUGUAUGGAUUUGUUAUUUACUUUAUUUACAUGAAAAGACUCGUGAUACAUACUUUUUCUUUUAUAAUAUAUAUAUGUUUAAAUAAUUAAUUGAUUUUAUUUUAUAUUGAAAAUAAAGAUAACAUGACAUAUCUGUAAGAAAUUCUAUCCAAAAUCAUCACAUGGUCAUGUAAUAUUAGCAUUUUUAACGCAAAAUGAAAAACGGAGAUAAUGUUAAGGAAGGAACUAAUCCGGCAGAUUCAGAUUUAGUAAAGAUGUAUUCAGUAGAAGAUCCACCAGAUGGAGGUAUUCGCGCUUGGCUUGUUGUAGCAUCGUGUUCAGCAAUUAACUUACUGAUAGGAAUAUUGGAACCUGGUGUAGUUCUAGCUUUGUUAAGGUCCAAGGAUGAUACAGGAAUAAAUGAGGAAACGCUCGUAGAGAUGUACAACGUUUAUAAUAGCCUUGCAGGAGUUUAUGCACCUAUAGCAUCUGUUUCUAUGCUUGUACUAGGAUAUAAGUGGACCGUUCAUAUAGGUUCAUGGUGCUUAGCUGUUUCAUUUAUUAUACUGUCGUUCGUCAAAAAUGUUCAUGCCAUAAAAUUUCUACUUUACGUUAUGACAGGUAUCGGUUCGAGUUUAGUUCAGCUUGGUUCUUUAAUUCCCAUUUUGGAGUACUUUACCUCAAAGAGAAUACUUGCACUGAUGAUCACUAAAGUUUGUAGAUACUGUGGACAGUUUAUUACACUAAGUAUUGUUUUAUCUGGUGAAAAAACAACAUGGCAGUCAUUAUAUAGAAUUUGUAUGGGAGUGAGCAUUCCUAUCGGGGUAAUUGGGCUUACAAUACCUACUCUGUUAUCAAACCUGAAGACAACGUCGACAUCCUUCAUCGAUAGAGUUCAUAAUUAUUUGAAAGUGUUCAAAAAUAUCUUGCUUUGGAUAGUGUGUACUCUCUUUUUCAUUUACCAAAUUGGCGUCGUCCCUCCACAAGUAGAGGUUUUGGACGUUCGCAUGUCUGAACGAUUAGGUAUUGAAUCCGAAGUUAAAACUACAGUAUACAGUUUAUCUUCAGGCAUUGGUUUAAUGAUUGGUGCAGUACUUGGCUGGCUAUUUAAAUUUUCCGUUAACAGAAAAUUCUACAGUUGUGUGAAACAGAAACCAACCACGAAGGAAAUGUUUCAUAUUGUCAUGGUGUUAAUGGUUGGCAUACCAGUACUCAUGGCGAUUAUGUGUUUUAUAGCGCCAGAAUCUCCAAAUUUUCCCUACUUUUUCAUAUUUGUGAUAUUAUUCUUCGCACAUCUAGCAUUUAUAGAAGAGCUGCGGGAUGAUAUGUUACCGGACGUAUUUGGUCAAGUAAAUGUGAAGUUGGUAGAAGGACUCAUACAGAUGUUUGUAGGAAUAGGGGGAGUCGUCUCAAGUGAAAGUGCAGCUGAACUACAAUGGAAGAAUUCUUUCCGUAUGGGUGGUGGACUACUCUUAGUUUCAUCCGCUGUUGCAAUCGGCAUUUUACUUCUAAAAUUAUCUGGUGCAAUCUGUGUAAUGAAGGUUACUCCUAUAAACUUGGAAAAUACAGAAAACUCGUGCCAGGGUACGGGACGUUCAUCGUGUUUAAGUCAGUCAGAAACAUCAGAUGAAAACAUUACACAAUCCACCGUUGAGGCGACGAUGGCUGCACAAAUAUCAACUCCAGACGUUCUACAAGCGUUCAAUUUCAAAUAUAAAUCAAAAACAUCUUAUGGGCCAUCAAAUAUGAAAUUUGUAAUACCACGUAAAAAUAACAUGUAUGGAAGUCGGGAGACGAGCGUUACAAGUAGUAAUGAAUCUGUUGAAAGUGUCUCAACAGACACUAGUGAUCUGAAGCAUAAACUGACGCAUGCAACAGGUCGCACCUUAUAUACAGAUUUACAAGCGUCUAGGAGCCCAGAUUCGUAUAGAAUGGUUCCAAGUGACCGAAACAUGCGCAUAGAAGGUGGCAAUAUAAAACCGUCUCAAUAUAAUAUGAUAUAUUCUUAUAAUAUAACUCAUAGCACGGAAGGUGAUAUGAACAAUAUUGAUCUGUUGUAGCAUAUGUUAAAUGUUUUAGUUAGACAAACCGCGUCAUUCUGUUUACAUUAAACAACAUAAGUCAUAACCGAUUUUUUUACAUUUUAAGUAAUUUAAUUCAGUUUUAGUUCCGCAUACACAAUAGCCCAGCUUUGCAUUUGAAACGAUCCAAAGGGUUGAAGGAAUUUCAAUAUCAAAGUACAUAAUUGCGCUACCAACGUUUAUUAAUAUAUAGCAGGUUCAGACUUUACCACAGACGCUCGGGGGCCGGGUCAUAUCCUGCCCCCAACGUCAUACGUUCCUGUAAACACUUUACACGUAUAUCAAACAUAUUUUAAUAUCUAAACACGAAUAGGACAUCUGUUAUAACGAUAAAACUUGUUUUCAAACAAUUUUUACAUAUAUGAAAAGCAUACGGUAUACCAUCAAGACUAGUGUCAAUAAAGUUGUUUAUCGGUGGCAGCAGAUUGAAGGUUAACAAUUGACCCUUUGCUUUCCGGUGAACAUGGUUGUAUUCGGUAAGAAGAAUGGCACUUGACUUUUGAGCAGUUAGUUUUAUAAUAUGUUUACAAACUAGGGCUAUAAUUAACAGACCAUCAAAAUCUCGCGGGUUCGUUAAUCGGAUACAGAUCGCCUGCUCUUGUAUCGUCAGAUUCGCAAACUUUUGAAAUUUUAUUCUUAAAGUAAUUAUUUGAUAAAUUACAAUAUUAAAAACAUAUCUUAAACAAUAUCUGCAUAAUCAAUAGUAUUCAUUUGAGUUUAUUGUUAUUUGUAGCAAAUAUAUGAUACAUGUAUGUCCAAAGCUAGCAGUAUCUCAGUUUAAUGAUUUAAUUAAUGAUUUAAUUAUGAAAAUGAAAAAGCACAUCCUGAUUUUUCAUUACACAAAAUGUAAUUUUGGCAUUAAAUAUCCUCUUAAUGAUUCAAUUUUAAAUUUGUGAAUCUGUAUUAUAUCUACUAGUCUGUGGGUCAUGUAUUUCAUAUUAAAUAAAAGUGAGAUAUGCAAUAUAUAUUACUGUUUGUCAAUAUAUAUGAAGUUGUUUUGCAAAUCGAUACGUGUUUCGCGAAACAUCGUCUCGCAUCUUGCCUGGUAACAGCCCAUUUACAAACUGGAUAAAAAUUUAAAACAAUGUCACCUCUUGUUACACUUUUAAAUGCUGAUGUUUGUUUCCAAUCAUUUAUCUUAUAGAUAGAGCCAAUGAAAUUUACAAAAUCGUAUAAUUUAAAUUAAAAAAGGUGUUAACAUUCAAGCAAGAGGUGGGAGAUAUUUGAUGAAGGCGUGUUUUCUCGCCGUCUUCAUUAUUAUGUCUGUAUUGAUUUUACAAUAACGAGAACUUUUUGAAAGUUAUAACAAAUUAUACAUAAGCCAUAGAAUAGGGGCGGUUCGGGUGGGGAUGGAAGGUGGAAAGAAUGACAGACUUGUAUGAAAAUGUUAACUAAU